CCCGCCAGGUGCCGGUUUUCAGCCCAAGGCCCACCCCCCUUUGCCUGUGUCCAUCGCUGCAGCGGAAGCGCCGCCAGCAUGUCUGACAAACUGCCCUACAAAGUCGCGGACAUUGGCCUGGCUGCCUGGGGACGCAAGGCCCUGGACAUUGCGGAGAAUGAGAUGCCUGGCCUAAUGCGCAUGCGGGAGAUGUACUCAGCCUCCAAGCCACUGAAGGGCGCCCGCAUUGCAGGGUGCCUGCACAUGACAGUAGAGACUGCUGUCCUCAUCGAGACUCUUGUCGCCCUGGGUGCUGAGGUGCGGUGGUCUAGCUGUAACAUCUUCUCCACUCAGGACCAUGCAGCAGCUGCCAUUGCCAAGGCUGGCAUUCCAGUGUAUGCCUGGAAGGGUGAAACCGACGAAGAGUACCUGUGGUGCAUCGAGCAGACACUGUACUUCAAGGAUGGGCCCCUCAAUAUGAUUCUGGACGACGGUGGAGACCUUACUAACCUCAUCCACACAAAGUACCCACAGCUUCUGUCAGGCAUCCGAGGCAUCUCUGAGGAGACCACAACUGGGGUCCACAAUCUAUAUAAGAUGAUGGCCAAUGGGAUACUGAAGGUUCCGGCCAUCAAUGUCAAUGACUCUGUCACCAAGAGUAAAUUUGACAACCUCUAUGGCUGCCGGGAGUCCCUCAUAGAUGGCAUCAAACGGGCCACGGAUGUGAUGAUUGCGGGCAAGGUGGCAGUGGUAGCUGGCUAUGGUGACGUGGGCAAGGGCUGUGCCCAGGCCCUGAGGGGCUUUGGGGCUCGUGUCAUCAUUACCGAGAUUGACCCUAUCAAUGCGCUACAGGCUGCCAUGGAAGGGUAUGAGGUGACUACCAUGGACGAGGCUUGCAAGGAGGGCAACAUCUUUGUCACUACCACAGGCUGUGUGGACAUCAUCCUGGGCCGGCACUUUGAGCAGAUGAAGGAUGAUGCCAUCGUGUGUAACAUUGGGCACUUUGAUGUGGAGAUAGAUGUGAAGUGGCUCAAUGAGAAUGCUGUGGAGAAGGUGAACAUCAAGCCCCAGGUGGACCGCUACUGGCUGAAGAAUGGGCGCCGCAUCAUCCUGCUUGCUGAGGGCCGGCUGGUUAACCUGGGUUGUGCCAUGGGCCACCCUAGUUUUGUGAUGAGCAACUCCUUCACCAACCAGGUGCUGGCACAGAUUGAGCUGUGGACCCACUCAGACAAGUACCCUGUUGGGGUUCACUUCCUGCCCAAGAAGCUGGAUGAAGCAGUGGCCGAAGCCCACCUGAGCAAACUUAAUGUGAAGCUGACCAAGCUGACUGAAAAGCAGGCCCAGUACCUGGGCAUGUCCCGUGAUGGCCCCUUCAAGCCUGAUCACUACCGCUACUGAGCCGGGACUGCCUGUCACCUUCCAGCUGCUAUCCCUGUCCAGGCCCCACUUCUCAAGACAAAUGGCGCCUUCUUUGCAAUUACUUUGUCAAUGUCCCCCAUCGAUUCACUGGGGCUGGGCACUCAGUGUUUGGCCUGUGCUGCAUCCCUCAUUGUUCCAACUGUGCCAAGGGGAAUUGAGAGACCCUGGUCAAGAUGCAGAUACAGGGGAGAUAUCCACAGGGAACCUUGAGCUCAGGGGUCGUGGUACUGCUCAUUAGUCAGUGCUUUCUUAGAGGGGAAGUUGGUAGUGGUGGUCACAAAGCCCAUGCACUUUAUACAGGCCUCACCUGGUCUGUGAACUAAGAUCUCUGUGCUUCGUUUAUCAGUUCACUGGUUUUUCAGCCUAUGACAGAUAAAAAGGAGCCAUAUCAAAGGACAAAGAAGAACUGUGGAGUUUGAAUCUUCCCGAGAGCUUCAUUUACUUCAUGGUGGGCCUUCUCAAACCUCAGAACCCCCAUUUCACAGGGGUUAGAAUAGACUGUUAAAAGACAGCCAAGAAAGGACAAGAGAAGUCACAGCCAGAGAUUGAGAGAGGCCAGAAAAACACAAAUAGGCAUAAAUCUGCCACCACUUUGUAACAUGAUAGUUCCUCCACAACCCUGGGUUAAAAAGAUUAAUUUUGGUUUAUGAUGUUUAUAUAUUGUUUCGAAUGUUAAAAGAAAGCAGGAAGGUGGGUAAAUAAAAUUUUGGUG